AUGAAACACACGGAGCACACCAUUGGUCGUCGCUGUCAUGACUCACGCAAUGCAUGGCAGCCAUUGUUGACGGUUGUCGUGACGACCAACAUGUCUUCAGCACCGGACCUGUUGUUUGAGUUGAGGAAUGCCUUCUAUUUGGGAAACUAUCAGCAGUCCAUCAAUGAGGCUCUCAAAGUGAAGCCGCAGACCAGUGAACACAAACUCGAAAGAGACGUCUUUAUGUACAGAUCAUAUGUGGCGCAGAAGAAGUAUCGCGUGGUUUGCGAUGAGAUCAACAGUUCGAUGCCAUCACAGCUUCAAGACAUAAAAUAUUUGGCCACUUAUUUGGCCGCCGAUGACAACAAAAAAGCAAAUAUAGUGAAAGAGUUGGAGACAAAGACACAGACUUUGGACGCAAACGAUUGGAUCCAAUGCCUAAUGUUUGCCACUAUUUAUUACUACGAAAACAAUUUGGAGACCGCUUUACGUGUAUUGCAUUCGUGCGAUCAUAUUGAAUGUUCAGCGAUGGUUCUGCAGAUAUACGUGAAGUUGGAUCGACUGGAUUUGGCGCGAAAGGAGCUCAAGAGGAUUCAGGAGACGGACGACGACUCCACUCUCUGCCAGUUAUGUCAGGCGAGCAUUGAUUUGGCUCAGGGAGGGGACAAACUCCAGGACGCCUACUAUAUAUACCAGGAGUUGGCCGACAAAUACAGCGCCUCACCUCUACUUCUGAACGGACAGGCGGUCGCACUGAUAGGUCAGACCAAGUAUACAGAGGCGGAAGCGCUCGUUCAGGAGGCCAUUGAUAAGGACAGCAAUAACGCAGAGACUCUCAUCAAUUCAAUUGUUUUGACGCAGUAUUUGGGAAAACCUCCAGAAGUGACCAAUCGUUACAUCAGUCAACUCAAGGACUCCAAUAUUAACCAUCCCUUUAUUCAGGAUUAUUUAGCGAAGGAACGGGAGCUCCAGAAUCAUAUUCUGUAUGACAACGCGUCUGCGGCGGCAACAGUAGUGGCCGUAUGUAUUGGCAGCGCGUUCUUCAUUGUGGUGAUAGCGGCCACCACUUGCUAUCUAUACAAACGCCGAAAUAGUGAACAAUUUGGUCACAAAACGCUUCUCAUUAAACGCAAUAUCCCUGUCGACCAAUCGAUUUCUUUCAAGAAAUCUUCUGCAGUCAAAAGUCCCGGUUCUGGAGCUGUACUCAAAAAGAGUCCGAGUCCUACAGGAAAUAAAUCGCCUCCAGACAAAGAGAACGAAUUAAAAGCAAUGAAUGAAAUGUUUUUGGGAAAACUUCACUUCAAAUUGAAAUAUAACUACGAGAAGCGGGCCCUUUGUGUCACAAUCAUUAAGUGCUCCGAUUUGCCCCCUAAAGAUCCCAACUUCGGAAGCUCUGACCCUUAUAUUAAGCUUCAAUUGUUGCCCGAAAAGCAACAUAAAGUGAAGACUCGAGUUUUACGUAAAACACAUAAUCCUGUUUACGACGAGGACUUCACAUUUUAUGGGAUCAAUCCAAACCAAUUGCAGACAACAGUUCUUCAUUUUGUUGUCUUGAGUUUUGAUCGCUAUUCCAGGGAUGAUGUGAUUGGAGAAGUGUUUUGUCAGCUCAAUCUCUUAGAGUUUGAUUCAUUGGAAAAACAGAUUCACUUAACAAAAGACAUCUCUCCAAGAAGUCACAAAAUGAGAAUGCAGGGAAGGGGAGAGAUUUUAGUCUCCCUGUGCUAUCAACCGGCGGCCAAUCGGCUCACAGUUGUUAUACUAAAAGCUCGAAAUUUGCCAAAAAUGGAUUUAACAGGACUUUGUGAUCCAUACGUCAAGAUAUAUUUGGUUCAUAACAACCAAAAGAUUGUUAAAAAGAGGACACACGUCAAGAAGAGAACUACUUCUCCGGUGUUUAACGAGAGCUUUGUGUUUGACAUCCCUUAUAACGAGGGUCUGGAGAACGUUAGCAUUGAAUUCCAAGUUCUGGAUUACGACAGGGUUACCAAAAACGAAGUAAUCGGCAAAUUAGAGUUGGGGCCCAAAACAGGCGCCUCCACCCUAAAGCACUGGCAGGAUGUGAUCGCUUCUCCCAGAAGACAAAUUGCUGAGUGGCAUAAACUUAAAGACUAAAAGCACACAACGCUUACUGAAAAGGUUUUCUUAGACAGGGGACAGACAAGACAUUUUUCAGCCAUUCAUUAUGAUUAACAGGACUUAUAGGGUAUUUCGGCCGUACCCUUCUUGUCUGUCCCCUAA